AUGGUCACUGCUGGAGCAGCAUUUGUCGCGAUAGCACCGACCCGAAUCGCAGCUCUUCGCGGCUGACCCAAACUGCUCUGAGGUGGAUGCAAUGAAAUCGAAGAAAUCUGCCUUUGCCAACACUUCGACGGGCUACGGCAGGCACAAGCACAGCGGACACGGCAAGGGUCACGGACACGCGCAAGGACACGGCCAGGGACAGCCCGGCAAGGACAAGGCUGAGGGCGGUGGCAAAGGCAAGUUCCGAGAGGUCCUGGAUAAGCAUGAAGUGAAGGAGGAAGAGGACAAGGACUUGAAUUCCGGGUUCGGCGACUAUCUACGCACACCGGAGGCAUUUGAGAUGAUGAAACUAUUUGUUUUUGCCAACACAAUUAUGCUGAUUGUCACUUUGGCCUGGCCCCACAUCAAGGAGCAGUUCUACAUGAUUAACCAUUGGCUGGAGACCUUACGCGAAGACCAUCGCAUGUAG